GAAGCGUCUGUUGGUCUGGCGCCACGUGAAGUAAUUUGGCAGCAAUGGCGCCCAGAGGCUUGCGGAAAACAAACGGAGCGGCAUGAUGUGUGUCUGUAGUAAUAGUGGACACUUGAUAACGAGUUUGUGCACGUGUGUGUGUGUGGUUUCCUGGUUUUGGAGUAUCUUUAAAUGCGUCCUCCAUUGGGUUCUGGGGUUCUGAAGCGCCCCGGAAAGCAGCAACAGUGCAACCAUCUUGCACCGGUCCCGUAUGAGAGAUGUGGCUAAUUGUUGUGUUCUUGUGUGCUAGUCUAAGGACGGUUCCGGUGUGGGCUGCUGUUGGUGAUCCGGAACGUUUGCCGAACUCUACCGUACCGCUGCAUUACGAUCUCUGGCUCGAAGUGUCCGGCUUAGGUAGGAAUGACUUCAGCUACCAGGGUAAGGUAUCGAUCCGGUUGGCGGUUGUAAGCGACACCGCUGUCGACGGUGUGGUGCUGCAUAACGUGGGUAAUCGUAUCGAGAAGACCGAACUGAAGAGAAUCUCCGAUGGUAAGCUGAUUGCGCAUCAACUGUCGCAAACCUCGGAGUUACUGAAGCUACGUACCGGCCGUCCACUAAAUCGACAAGCAGGCGAUGCUGAGCUCCUACUGACGCUAACAUUCAGUGGAUUGCUUGGGAAAGAGAAGAAAGGAUUCUAUCGAACGCAGUACCGAGGCCCGAAGCGUGUUCCGGUAACGGUCGCAACGACACACUUCCAGCCUUGCUACGCCCGGUACGCGUUCCCGUGCUUCGAUGAACCGGGAUUAAAAGCGACCUUCGCAAUAACGAUCGUAAGCAACCGCAACCAUCUGGUGGCAUCCAACACGGCCGUCGCAAAGGUUACGAAUCUCCCCGAUGAUCGUAAAGCGGUUCAGUUUGAGCGUACCGGACCGCUACAGAGCUAUCUGGUGGCUUUCCUCGUCACUACCUACGACACCAUUCACACCAGGAGUCCAUCCGGUGUACAGGUUGGUGUGCUGGCCCCACCCAAGGAUCCGAAAGCCCUUCAAUUUAGCCUACAGGCCGCAUCGGCUUUACUAACACGGCUCGAACGCUACACCUGUCAAUCGUUGGGUCUGAAAAAGCUAGAACACGUGGCCAUACCGCGCUUCGGCAAUGCCAUGGAGAACUGGGGACUGGUGGCAUACGAUGAGCAGUUUCUGGUGCUGGCCGGUCGGAAGGUACACCGGCAGCAACGCGUCCAGGCGGUCAUCACCAUCGGCCAUGAAACGGCCCAUCAGUUGUUUGGGAAUCUCGUUGGACCGGCUUGGUGGUCGUACCUGUGGUUAAGCGAAGGGUUUGCGACGUACUUCGAGAUGAUACUAGGGAGUGCCGAGUAUCCGGAUCUGGUACCGCUCGAGGAAAGCUUCGCCAUGCGCCACAUGCGACCGGCACUGCAAGCUGACGCAAUUCCGGGGGCUCAUGCCCUAACGGUGGAACCGUUGCCGGCCGAUACGGCCCAGAUCGAGGAACUGUUCGAUUCGCUCACGUACAGUAAGGCCGGUUGCGUGCUGCGUAUGAUCAACUGUACGAUCGGUGAGACCGCCUUCCGCUCUGGUGUACGACGGUAUUUGGAGACGCACCGUAAUGGGGUGGUUCAUCCGAAGGAUCUGUAUGCCAGCUUCACCCACGGGAAUGAGAGUCUACCCGCUGGUUGGCCUUCGGUCGAGGAGAUGUUUCGCAGCUGGACGGAUAAACCGGGCUAUCCGGUAGUAACGGUUGAGCGGUUGAACAUAUCCUACGUACGUCUUCGUCAGCAGCGUUAUCAGUUACAAGCGGAGCAACCGGACCAUACCUCCCGUUGGCUCAUCCCGAUCACCUACUUCACAAAUAGUAGCCGCGGAAAGUACGAGUAUCGCCCCGCUCUGUGGAUGCGUGAAACAGACCGCGAGCUUGUGGUUCGCCUCGAAAUGAAGCGUACCGAUGUGCUGAUCGUUAAUCCACGCCAGGUCGGCUUCUACCGUGUCGAGUACGUACAGCAGAGGGAUUGGCAGAAGAUGGUACCUAAACUGCGAUCGUUACCACCCGUCACACAGGCCAAACUGAUCGACGAUGCCUUUGUGCUGGCUCGAAUCGGUCAUACCGGAUAUGAGGUGUGUCUUUCGUUGCUUGAUCAGCUUAGCACGAUCUCGAGUGCGCUACCGUGGUUGACGGCGAUGGCCGAAGAGAAUGUUGGGUUUCUUCAGCGUACCCUACGCUCUUUCCGGUUCGAUCGUGUCGUGCUGGGACUGGCCGGUGAGAUGUUUCAAUUCUUUAGCAACACCACCAGCGCCACUACCGGGAGUACCGCCAUCGAGGCACAAGCGUUGGAUCGUGCGUACGAUUGGUGGAAGCGGCUCGGUGGUACCACGCGUUCCGGUCGCCGCAGGUAUGGUCCACGGUUCGAUACCGGUUGUCCACCGACCAAUAUGCCACCGCUGACGGUGGAGGAGCUCACCAUUGGCCUGGCCUCACAGGAUGAAGCGGAAGAGCUACGUCUCUUCGGCCGCCUCAAGUGUCAAAAGCAAUCUCAGGAUACGGUCCUCGUUGCAGCAUUAGAACGUAUCGCGAAGAAUGGUCAAACGGACACAAGCGAUCUGUAUCGGUUGCUGCUGAAGCUACUGGACCUCGAUCCCGGUCGCUUUCUCUCGCCGGUACUAAAUAUCCUCGCCAAUCCGGUGGCACCUCGCAAGCCAGGGGAACCGAUUGCGGUGGCGGCAUUACAACGUUUACUAAAUCGCAUCCUACCUGAGGUCACUGACCGCAAGCAGGUGUCGACGGUACAGAAGUUAAUAGGCCAACAGGAAUCCCUGCUGCCACGAGGCUUCCUAGCGCAGGCCAACACCAUCAUGACGUCAACGCUCAGCUGGCGUAUGUCGAAUGUUGCGAAACUGAAUCGUCUUCUCCGCCUCCGCCACGGCGAUGAGGGCCGCUUCGCCCAAUUCACCGCCUCGUAGAACCAUCCAGCACCAUGUAAGUAAUACCGUAAGGAGGGUUAGCCAGCGACAGAAAUAGCCAACGCCAU